CUACUCUUCAAAAUUUAGGGCUGCGUUAGUUGUGUCUCCCGCCCCACGCCGCCGCCCAUUCACCAGUCGCCGGUCAUGGCCAAGUGUAACAAAAAGAGCAAGAGCAAUCGGGUACCGCUGAGGAAGAAGCACAAGAUUAUACGCAAGUUGAAGGAGCACCAGAAGAAGAAAGCCAAAGAGGCUAAGAAAUUGGAAAUCAACAAAAAGCCCAAACUCGACAAGGAUCCCGCCAACGAAUUGCCUCUCAACGAGGAGGAGCUCAAGGCCCUCAGUGACCGCCGCCAGCGCGCACGUGAGGAGCUCGCCGCAAAUCAAAAGGAGAGGGUUCAGAAAAGAAAAUUGGGGGUUUUUGAUGAUGAAGAAAUUGGAGGAGAUGAGAAUCCUAGUGGUGUUACUAGGAAAGUAGAUAAUUCCGAGAAGGCAUUUUACAAGGAGUUAGUGAAAGUUAUUGAGGCUUCUGAUGUCAUAUUGGAGGUUCUUGAUGCUCGGGAUCCCCUUGGUACUCGCUCUGUUGACAUGGAAAAGAUGGUGUUGAGCGCCGGGCCUGAUAAGCAUUUAGUUCUCCUCCUAAAUAAAAUAGAUCUUGUUCCACGGGAGUCUGCAGAGAAGUGGCUCAAGUAUCUUAGGGAGGAGUUACCUGCAGUUGCUUUUAAAUGCAGCACCCAAGAACAGAAGUCAAAUCUUGGUUGGAAAUCAGCUCCAAAGGCUGGAAAGACGAAGAAUCUUCUGCAAACAAGUGACUGUCUAGGGGCUGAAACUCUUAUUAAAUUGCUGAAAAACUACUCAAGAAGUCAUGAUAUAAAGAAAUCAAUUACUGUGGGGAUCAUAGGACUCCCUAAUGUUGGUAAAAGUAGUAUAAUCAAUAGCUUGAAAAGAUCACAUGUGGUCAAUGUUGGAGCUACUCCGGGGUUGACAAGAUCUAUGCAAGAGGUUCAUCUGGACAAAAAUGUUAAGUUAUUGGACUGCCCUGGUGUUGUGAUGCUUAAAUCAGCAGCAAAUGAUGCAACAGUUGCUCUUCGAAAUUGCAAAAGAAUUGAAAAAUUGGAUGAUCCAGUAGGUCCUGUUAAGGAAAUCCUCAAGCUUUGUCCGGAGCAAGUAUUGGUAACUCUUUACAAAGUGCCAAGUUUUGAUUCUGUUGAUGACUUCCUUCAGAAGGUUGCUAUGGCAAGGGGAAAGUUCAAAAAGGGUGGUGUUGUAGAUAUUGAUGUUACUGCCAGAAUCGUUUUGCACGACUGGAAUGAAGGUAAAAUCCCAUAUUAUACGAUGCCUCCCAAAAGGAAUGCAGAUGAGCCUUCCGAGGCAAGGAUUGUCAGUGAACUAGGGAAGGAGUUUAACAUAGAUGAAGUUUAUGGCAGCGAAUCAACGAUUAUAGGCAGUUUAAAAUCCGUGAAUGAGUUCAUUCCUGUUGAAGGUGCUCCAACAUGCCCUCUGAAUUUCGAUAUGGUUAUGCCUGAGGACAAUCAAGGCAAUGAUGGUGGUGAUCAGCCCAUGGAAUCCGGAGAAGACGCUACUAAUGUAUCUGUAGAGGAGAAAUCAAAAUCUGCAACUACGAGGCAGAAUGAAAAGCUCUAUGCUGAGGAAGGGAUGCUAAAUACAAGGAUGAGAAAAGCAGAUAAGAAAAGGCGGAAAAAGGAACAGACGAGUACAAUGGAACACGAUGAGUACGAGUUCAAGGUCGGCUACGUGAAGGAAUCCUCCGCCAUGGAAACUGGAGACGAGGACAAAAGUCACUCAACAAAGAAAAACAGAUUCGAGCUACCUUGUGGGCUAGACUUGGAUGAUGAAUAGCUAAAAAAAGGAACAAAUUUUGAAGCACAAUUUUGAAGACAUUUUGUAAGAGUUUUCUUGUUUUAAUGUAUUGUAGAAACAUGUGAAUUUUUUAUACAUGCUUUAGUUGCCAA